GGCGUCGCGCGUGCUCCUGGCCCGGGGGUGUGGGUGCCGUGUGCUGCGGUCCCUGCUGGUCUCCGCGGCAGUUUUACUUCCCCGUCCAGGACGCUGCUCCGCGAGCUCGGGAUGUUCCCGGAGCUCAACGACCUCCUCAAUGCCUCCCCGGACCGGGCGGAGCCGGGGAAACUGACUCUACUCUGUGAUGCCGAGACCGAUGGCAGUUUCCUUGUGCACCACUUUCUCUCCUUCUACCUCAAAGCUGACUGUAAGGUGUGCUUCGUGGCCCUCGUUCAGUCCUUCAGUCACUACAACAUCGUGGGACAGAAGCUGGGCGUCAGCCUGACCACGGCACGGGAGCGCGGGCAGCUGGUCUUCCUCGAGGGUCUCAGGUCAGCGGUGGACGUCUUCUUCCGGGCCGAGGGCGAGGCACACCCCCUGCACUUCCUCAGGGAGGCCAAGGCCGCCAGCCUGCAGCCGCUGUAUGAGUUCGUGCGGGAGGCCCUGGAGCCCGUGGAUCAGAGGGAGGCUGCCUGGAAGCGCCCGGUGCUGCUGGUGGACGACCUCAGUGUGCUGCUGAGCCUGGGCGUGGGGGCGGUGGCCGUGCUGGACUUCGUCCACUACUGCAGGGCCUGCGUGUGCUGCCGGCUGCAGGGAAACAUCGUGGCCCUCGUGCACGACAGUGGGGACGCCGAGGACGAGGAGAGCGACGUCCUGCUGAACGGCCUCAGUCACCAGAGCCACCUGGUCCUGCGGGCCGAGGGCCUGGCCACCGGCUUCUGCAGGGACGUGCACGGGCAGCUGAGGGUCCUGUGGAGGACGCCAUCGCCGCCCGCCCAGCGCGGUCGGAGCCUCACUUUCCAGUACAAGAUCCAGGACAAGAGCGUGUCCUUUUUCGCCAAAGGAAUGUCUCCUGCGGUUCUGUGACCGCGGGGCAGACGGAGCCCCCGGCGGUUUCCUCACGGAGGGUGAAGCAUCUCCGCCUUCGCAGCCGUGUUCCCAGCUGGACUGCGCCCAGGGAUGAGCGGACUGUGGCGUGUGCCCUUGUCCCACGUUCAGAAAACACGUCAGGAACCCGCACCCUGCCUCUGCCGAGACAGCUGGGUGAAGGGGUCCUUACACGGCAGCCCGGCCGUUUCCGCUGUGCCUUGGAGCCAGGGUGGGUCUGAGCGCCGGCAGGGACAGUCCCGGUGUGGGCCUCCUCGGGGACAGAAGGGGCCGUCCUGGCUGCCAUAGAGGGCGCCCCAGGCGCCCCACAUCCUGGCUCCACGGGCGUCUCACAGUUUCCACCUUUGUCUUGCAAAGGUCCUUUCCCUAAGCCCAGCGAAGCUGCAGCUUAGGAGGCUUGAGGCCCGAGGAGGCCACACUGGCUGACCCACCUCCUGGGAAGGGGAGGGCUCCCACCCGUUCAGCUUGGCUCCCCCUGGCUCCCCCUGGUUCCCCCUGGUUCCGUGGAGAACGCGGAGGUGCUGCGGGGAACGGUGAGCAGGCGGAGAGAACAGGCAACGAGCCAUGAAACCAGUUCGAGUAGCAGGAAGCGCACAGGCUGCCGUCGCCGGAGAGAGCAGUGGUCCCCUCGCUGGCAUGUGAGCGUCCGGAGCGGAGCUUGGGCGAGAAGGCGUGGUUUGGAAGCAGUGCCAGUGCGAGGCCUUGGAAUGCUCCUACUUUGUCUCUGAGGGCAUCUUAGCUCCUCAGGGUUCAGAAAUGUCUUUUCCUUCUUCACUGCCUGGAAGGGCUGUUCCUUUUUAGCUUAAAAUAACUUCUAAGUGUUCCUUCACUUUUGACUCAUUUAGGAUUCAUUACGGUCUUGUGCUUUGUCUCCGUGCUGAUCAUGAAAUAGCCCGGCAGUACUGACUGAAGAGAACGUACUCUGAUUUAUUUACAUGUAAAGUUUCUAACAUUGAGCCUCUGUACCGUUCACCUAUCUAGGUGUUGAAAGGUUAGUGUAUCUGUGCUCUCAGGAGUCUUUAGUUUUUUAUAUCGAUUUUAGAGAGAGAAACAUCGGCUGCUUAUUCCACUUAUCUAUGUAUUGGUUGAUUCUUGUUUGUGCCCUGACUGGGGAUCGAACUCACAACCUUCGUAUAUUGGAACAACGUUCUAACCAACUGAA